GGUUACUAUUGUUGAGUCACAGGGAAAACCGUUACUCGGCCGUUAAAGCCGACACUAUCGUUAGGAACUGCGCCUCCUGUCCUCCAGACAUUUUCUAUCGGUGUUACAGUAAUUAUAUCCUCCAGAUAUUCUUCUCGACGGGAUUGAAAUGUUACAUUUUCGGUCAACGGUAGUUCUCAAGGAGUUAUUUCAAACCCAGCUGAAGCGUCCGUUGCCAGGUAGAGCCGGUGUUAAAGCGACACCUGCAGCCUGCUUCAGCACCGGCCGUCUGGAUGGGAGACUGCCGGGCAGAGUGAGAGCGUUAGCCCCGCAGAGCUUUACCAGAAGGCACGCCGUGAGAAGCUUUUGCUCCAAGGGGGACAGCCACAAUGAAGCCUCCAAGGAUUCUUCGGCGGAGAAGAGAAGGAAGGCAGGCAUCCUGCCUAGUCUGGAGGACCUGCUCUUCUACACCAUCGCAGAGGGCCAGGAGAAAAUCCCAGCGCACAAAUUCACCACAGCUCUUAAAGCCACAGGGCUACGCACAGGAGACCCCCGGCUGAAAGAGUGCAUGGAGAUGCUGAAACAGACCGUGAAGACGACCUCUGAUGGAGCUCUCGACCGACACCUCUUCAAAAAGUGCGAGGGGUUCAAUGCCUCCCCCCGCUGCGGCGAAGGCCGGAGCGGAAUGGAGCGCCCGGAGUGUUUUCCAGAAGGCACAGACAUGACAUCCAUCCUCGACUUCUACUUCCAGCUGUGUUCCAUCGAGGUGACUUGUGAGAGCGCUAGCGUCAUGGCGGCCACUCUGGCCAACGGCGGCUUCUGUCCAAUCACAGGCGAGCGUGUGCUGAGCCCCGAGGCGGUGCGGGACACUCUGAGUCUGAUGCACUCCUGCGGCAUGUACGACUUCUCGGGACAGUUCGCCUUCCACGUGGGUCUGCCGGCUAAGUCUGGAGUGGCCGGUGGGAUUCUGCUGGUUGUUCCCAACGUGAUGGGCAUCAUGUGCUGGUCUCCUCCGCUCGACAAGCUGGGCAACAGCGUCAGAGGCAUCCAGUUCUGCACGGACCUGGUUUCCCUAUUCAACUUCCACAACUACGAUAACCUGAGACACUUUGCUAAGAAGCUGGACCCCCGCAGGGAGGGGGGAGACCAGAGGGUGAAGUCCGUGAUCAAUCUGCUGUUUGCUGCGUACACCGGGGACGUCUCGGCUCUCAGAAGGUUCGCGCUGUCCUCCAUGGACAUGGAGCAGAGAGACUACGACUCCAGGACGGCGCUGCAUGUGGCCGCCGCUGAAGGGCAUGGAGAGGUGGUCCGCUUCCUGCUGGAGGGUUGUAAAGUCAACCCGGUUCCCAAGGACAGGUGGGGGAACACCCCUCAGGACGAGGCGGUCCACUUCGGACACCACGACGUCGUCACCAUCCUCCGAGACUACCACGCCAAGUACAGCCCUCUGGAGGUGGCCGAGGACAAAGAGAAGAGCGAGACCAACCUGGACGGGCUGCUCUGAGGGAGGAAGGGGGAGGCUGGGAGGAAACGUGUUAAUCUGCAUCACAAGGUCAGAGAGCAAGAGAGCCAUAACUCGUAGAAAACAGUUAACAUUACAACCGUAAAAACCCCUUUAGAAACGACUUAAGGUUCCCUUUACACACAGGACCCCCCUCCAGAAGGAAAGCCCCUCCUCAUGCUACUUGAUGUUGUCGGUUUUGUAAUAUAUUAUAUAUUGUAUUUACUUUAAGUGAGGAAUAUAUUGUUGUAUUUCCCCUUCUGUAUUCAGCUUUGUAGCUUUUUAAGGACCAGCCGCCGCAUUGAAUGCUGGGUAAAUUCAGCUGCGGCUGGUGAGUCCCCGCACUUUUGUUAUUUACUUUAUAAAUUAUGGUUUUUAUUCUGAAAAGCUUAAAAAAAACUGGAAGUAUGGGGCAUUUCAAACCCUGGUUUAAACCUUCAUCACUUCAUCAUCAUGGUGGUAUCCUCCCCAACACUCAAGUGUGUGUGUGAUAUUUAUCUGUUUAAGAUAAAAUGUAGUGUGUGUAUAUUCCUGACAUGAGUGUAAAUACGUACAGGUUUAACGUAGUCGUGUAAGGAGUUAUAUUUCACUGAAACUCUGGACAGCGUUUCCUUUUCACCGUCUUCAACUGUCGUUGUAUUCGUCACUGUUACUCUGUAUGAUUUGAUAUUUAUCUUUUGUAAGGAAAUAUUGUCAGCCAAAGUUCAGGCUGUCUGAGGAAAAGAGUUUUACAUAUUAUAAAUGACACUGCCAGCGCUGACAGCAGCUUGAAUUACUGUAAACAUCCCAGAGGUUUUAUAUGUUAACGCUUGCACUCAACACACAGAUUAUUAUAAAUGUAACUGGAGAUCAUGAAGUUCACUAAGUACAUAAAACUGAACUUGUUGAAGAUACGUUUAACAUGCUGAUCAAAACAAUCACAUUAUGUGUAUUUUUAUUAAUGCAGCCAUAAAGAAUAAUAUGGACUUUUUCUUUGUUCAGUGUAUUUACAUUUUCUUUAUUUUAAUUUAAGACUAAAGAUCAAAUCUAGUCCAAAAGAGACUUUAAUUAAAUUGGUGAAUUGAACUAGCAGCCUCCACAAAGCUCUAUAUGUAUAUUUGAAGGUUAUGGUCAAGUGGAUUUAAAGAGUUUGAUGUUCAUCCAAGUCAAAGAUAAUGUCCUUGUUGAGUGCAGCUGUUGCUUCCCGUUACUGCUUUCAAUCCAGAGGUGUUUAAAUGUUAUCAUUGCUAUUCAUCUGAACAUGUGAUUGAAAGUGGAGGCUUUAAUGCCUCUGGACUGUAUCACAGGAAGUACGAGGCGUGUGUCGCGGUUCCUGCAGAAUACUCAGGAAGGUCCAGAUUAGAAACACAAAGAGAAGCAGCUAUAUAUCGCGAAAAGGAUUGUUUUUGUGCAUUCUGUGAUGUGCUGAAGAAUCUGAUGUAGUGAGAGGUCGUGCAGAUGUUUCCAGACGUUGUUCUGUGUUUUUGUAGCGUGUCUGAAGUUUGGAUGUUGAUUCUGUGCGGACAAACUGAAACAGGCAAUCAACAUAUAUAUUAUCUACACUCCAAAUGUAGUGCAUUUUAGGCAUCAGUUCAUUCAGUUGGAUUAGAAUUGUUAUUUAAAGGUUAAAAAUGAGUAAAAGAAGCACAAAAUGCAAUAUUUUGAGACACUAUAGGCAAUACAUAUUUCAUGAUUGUACGAUCAAUUGAGCAAUAUGUGUUGGUUGGAUGUGGUCCCGGCCUGCAGCGACUGAAGUAUUCUGAAUGUAACGUGUUUCUGUUUCAUGUAUAUUUAUGCUGCUGAGUGUCGCAGACGGUUCAGAUAUUUAUUCACAGAUCAAACGUUUAAUAAAGUUAUUAAAACCAAAGAAGUUGUUGUGUUUUCAGUGUACCUGCGGGGGCUCACAGUGUCAUCACAUUAGGUCAGAGCUGUGCAGUGCAAUGGAAGUUCACUUCCUUCAAACUCAGGAGUCACACGUUGAUCAUUUAUUCAUUUCACAUCUAACCAGUAUUCAACAUUUCAAAAUACACAUCAUCAAACUCUGUUUCGACAUGUUUCUACCAAUCAAAUGUCUCCUUUGCAUGUGAAGAGUGUGAAAGUAGAUUCUUAUUUGUUAAUCUAGCAGGUUGCAUCCCAUCGUUGGCUACAGGCGACUCAAUCUGAACAUGUUUGGAUUAAUAGCUAGACAUUUGAAAUAGAUUAUGACUCCAUUAUUGUUAUAACAUAUAUGAUUACCUUUCUACCAAACUGUAAGCCAGCGUCAAUAAAAAAAGCCAUUUUAAACUUAUUUUACUUGAAGACUACGUUUAUUUUACUAACAUAUUUUUCUGGUCAACUCCUAAAUUAUGAAUUGCAAAGAGGCUUCUAGAUUAGCUGAAACUCAAAAGCUGCUGAAAUACAUUUUUUAGCCAACAACAAA